AUGCUUGGGUCCCAGACGUCAACGGAUACAUCAUCUUGCUCGUCUUUAUCUCCUCUUUCUUCUGAUAUGCUAAAAUCAUUGUCUUUGUCAUUGUACAACUCACUAGAAGAUGAAGACGCAGUUGAUGCAAACCAAGUGGACCUUGUGCUUGAAAUGACGGCAACUUUUGAUUACGAUGGAUUUCAAUUGCCGUCUAAAGUAACGCGAACUGAAGUGGAACGUGCAAUUAAAUCAUGUGGUGGCGAUGUGGCAAGAGCGGUGGACGACGUGCUGAGUCUCGUGGCUAUUAAGACGCUCAGUCAAGAGGACCAGCAGACACUGGAGGAACGCCAAGGAAGUGCUAAAUUACAGCUUACAGAGCUCUGUAGCGGUCUAGGAUUGAGCCAAGAAACGUCAUUCGUUGCAGCCCUAAAACAGCUGUCAGAGAGUGAGCAGAAUGAGCUCCUUGCUACAAAUGGGGCAUUCGUGCAGCAGCUUUUGCUGAGUCUGGACCAAGAUGACGACAGUGAAGAAGAAGACGUCCAUUCGUUGCAGUAUUUGCUGCAAAUGUACCCGGACUACAAGGCAGAUAUAGUGGAGGACGUGCUGGACAGUCAUAAUUAUGAUGUCGAUAAGGCUGCAGACGCGCUGCACAAUUUACAGGCGCUGAAUCAUGUGCAGAGUUAUGCUACGGUUGUAAAUGCCGAUGCACGGACUGCAUGGCAACAACGAGAAUUGGCUCAGAAUGGACCAAAAGUGGAAUCGUUGGGACAGUUUCCUGAAUUAGGGGCUACCAGCAAGACACUGCGGAAGAAAUUGAAGAGGCAGCAGCGCAGAAAAGAAGAAUUGCAACUGACGCCACAUCAAAGACCGCCGCCAAAACCUUCGCCUUUGUCUGUAGAGUACCCCAUGCUGCCGGCACGUACAUACAUGGCGACGGACAAAAGGAUGGCUGUGCACAAUGCAUGGGAUCACCAGAACGCGACUCGUGGCCGUCCGGAGUCGGGCAUUACGACUCAACUUAAGCUCGAACGGCUUCAAAAGCUACUGCCAAGCAUUGAUAGCAGCGUCAUUCGGACUACGUUCAUCCUAAACGGGUACAGUUCCGAUGCUACAGAGGCAGCCUUACGUGAAGUAUACAACAUACCGCUGGCUGGAAACCAACUGCCUGCACCCACCGUGGCUGAGGAAGUGGAAAUGGCAGCUGAUGCGGAGCAGAUGAUUGCUGCUACCAGAAGCACUCAUCAAUCGUACUGUGGUAGUCGUACGGAGCACUGGACCAUCGUUUCUAGCAAGCACAAGGUCAACGCAGCGAGAGAGACCCUCAGCAACCGCUACUGUGACGUCCUUGCAUCGUUCAGGCGUGGUCAACACGUUCUUGCUGUUGACCGUAUUCGAGAAUUGAGCAAAGCGCGUCGUGAACACCGCGAUGCCCAACGUCAGUGGGCUCACGACUACUUCCUGGCGCACGAAGAGCAUCUAAAACACCAGCGGCCAAUUGAUCUGCACGGUAUGAUUGUGAUGGAGGCCCUUUGGGUGGCUCGUGAAGCUAUCGAGUACUGCCAGACGCAUCGAAUUCGUCGAUGCUUGUUGAUCUGCGGUGUAGGUCACCAUUCGAUCAACGGCAAACCACGCAUCCUAACAGCGCUUCAGCUAUCCUUAACCCGACGGCAGAUCGCAUCUCGCGAGCUUAAUGGCGUGGUGACGGUGUUUCCACUCCGUUCAACGGAUUCGACCUGA